CUGUGUGUGAAUGUGUGUGUGUUGCUGAGGCUUGUGGAAGUACAUACAUUCUUUUCCAUUGCAUUUGCAGACAAUCACUCGAAUAUGAGAAGCAACAUGGCCUCUGAAGCUCUGAACACUCUGAAGAUCUGUGUGUUUAUCAUUUGCCUGGCUCUAAAGGGAUACUGUGCAGAGGACUUCAGGGAUAUCCGGCGGUAUGUAAAGUACUAUGAGAGCCUCUCUUAUGACAGAACAGCACUACUGCAGCAGCAUCAGCGAGUAAGACGUCAUCUCGAUCCAGAAACCCAGGUCCUGCAUCUGGACUUUGAAGCUUUUCAUAGGGUUUUCCGAUUACAACUAAAGCCAGACUUUGAUGGAUUUGCUGAAGAUUUCAACGUCCUGUCCAGCAACCAGUCACGGAAAGGCGACCUGUCUCACAUAUAUUCAGGAGUGCUCGAAGACGAGGUCGGAUCUUCAUGCCAGGGGUCAAUCCUCAAGGGCCAGUUCGAAGGCUCCAUCAAAACCUCCAAUGGGACUUUCUACGUGGAACCCAUGCAGAGGUACACAUCUGAGUCAACAGAUAAUCACUCUGUCAUCUACCAUGAGGAUGAUAUCGAUGACGUACCGAUGGUAGGUGGCCGUGCUGGAUUCUGUGGUACAGACCGGCUGCAGAGUCUUUUCCAGCGCCUCAGACAGGAUGAACCAGUGCCCAGGUCAAAACGUACAGUAGACCAGUCCAAAACUAGCUGUCUUCUCCAUCUGCAUGUGGACUAUUUGUUCUAUCAGCGGUUUGGCAGCAUCGAGGCCGUCGUUGCCCAGGUUGCAUCAUACAUGAAAGAAGUAAACAAUAUAUUUCAGAAGGCUGAGUUUGAUGGGAUUGACGUAAUUAACUUCAAAGUGAAAUCGAUGAAGUUUGUUUUAGAAAAAAACCCAGAUGACCCACUCCAGGAGACUUUCAUUGGCCCUGAGAAGCUGCUGAGUCUUUAUUCAGAAAUGAACUGGGGAAACUACUGCCUGUCCUACCUGCUGACCAACCGUGACUUCAAUGGCAUCCUCGGUCUGGCCUGGGAGGGAAAGCCUGAUAACUGGGGUGGGAUCUGUUCCAAACCCAUACAAACACAGGAUGGUCAGACAUCCAGCUUGAACACUGGUCUGAUAACACUGAAGAACUUUGGACGUUACCUUCUGCCCAAGUUCGUCCAGCUGACCUUUGCUCAUGAGCUUGGCCACAGCGUGGGAGCUCCUCAUGAUGAAGGCUCAGAUUGUGGUGAUCUGGCAAUCACUGAAGGGAAAGGAUAUUUCCUGAUGUUCCCACAAGCUACAGACGAGGUGAAAGAGAACAGCGAUCGUUUCUCGCCGUGUAGCCUUCGGCACAUGAGCCGUUUGUUGAAGAUCAAGAAGGACAAUUGUUUUGUAGUCAGUGAUCAGCCAAUCUGUGGAAACCGGAUUUUGGAGAAAGGAGAGGAAUGUGAUGUAGGACUCAAUGCAAGUGAUCCGUGUUGCUACAGUUCAAAGGAGCCAAUAGGAAUUCAGUGUCAUCUGAAACCUAACAAACAAUGCAGUCCUAGUCAGGGUAUGUGCUGCAGCUCUGGAUGUGCCUUCAAAACCUCUGGACUGCUGUGUGAGGAGGACUCAGAGUGUCGGAUGAAGAGCAUGUGUACAGGAACCUCUGCCACAUGUCCUCAACCUGAUGCCAAGCCAAAUAUGACAAUGUGCAGUCUGGGCACACGGGUUUGUCAUAACGGGGAAUGUUCACGCUCUCUGUGUGUGCUACAUGGCCUGGAACAGUGCGACUGUCCAGGGGAGAACAAGAAAGAAAAAUGUCAUAUGUGCUGCCAGCAGAGAGGAAACCCCAACACAUGCGAAAGCACCAGUUCCUCUGUGCUCUCAACGUACUUUAAGGGAAAGCAGGUGGCAUUGUUGCCUGGAUCUCCAUGCUACAAAAGCCAGGGCUACUGCGAUCACUUUCAGACAUGUCGUCUGUUGGACGCAGACGGCCCCAUCGCCAGACUGAAAAAUUUCCACCUCAAACUGCACGAGUAUGAUGACCUUGCAGACUGGAUGAAGGCCUACUGGUGGGCGAUCCUGCUGGGUAUCCUGGGAGUCUCAGCACUAAUGGGUGGCACUGUCUGUUUGUUUGGACGCACUCCUAAGAGAGCCGAUGAAAAAGAGACGACGCAAUAACCGAGCUAGAAACAUGCUGGACAAUAAAAAUGCUAAUACAAGCACACUGCUGUUAUACAGUUGACAGUAUAUUUGAGUUUCUCUGCUCAUGCUCAUUAUAAGCACUGAUGUUUAAUUUUGUAUCUAACUCUCUCACAUUUGCAUUUCACUUAGUUACCUUUUGACCAAUCAGAAUUCAAACUGCAAAAAGUUUAAACCAGAGGUAGUUUACUUCAGGCAGUGCUAAGUAACGACAGCCUAGCUAGGCAACCAUAGCAGGUUUAUUUAUAUAGCACAUUACAUACACAAACACAAUUCAAAGUACUUUACGCAGCUAAAAGCAAGAGGAAACAGACACAGAAUAGACAUUUUUUUUAUUGAAAAUUUAAAAUGGCACGUAUAAAGCUAGGUAGCUAAUGUUUGCUAAGUAGUUUAGCAUAAUGAUCAAUUGAUUAUUCAUAAAACUUCAUGUUUUAUUCUGUGAUAUUCUGAACUGUGAACUCUUAUUUUUGCCACGGUUCAUUUGAAUAGCUUUUGAUUGCUUUUGAUAACGUUGUACACAGAGGGGGGUGGGAGGGUGGGGGGGUCCAAGAGCUAAGAAAUAUCAGACGUGAAAUCCCCUUCUUAAUUUUAGUAAUAUAAACUCUUCAAAUUGUAAAUUGUAGUAAUGGAAAAGUAAGUAAUUUGUACUUUUGUGGAGUUUGUGGACUUUGUGCUGUAUUCAGCAGCCUGUGGAUCGUAUCGCCCUUCUGAGGUUAUCACAGCAAAAUACAGAGUACAGCUUUAUAAAUAACUCAGUAUUUCAAAGACAGAGUAGCAUUCAGAGCUGUAUGUGCAUUCUGCAUGAACACUGACAAUUCUGUAUUCCACAUCGAUUUUAAACUGUGCAGUUUUUAUACAUAAAAUUUUUUAUACAAUUUUUUGUUAAAUUGAUUAUGGCUGAUUAAAUAAUUGCAAUAUAUGUCAUUAAAGAGAUGUGAUUUA